CUCUGUUGACAGCCAAGACCCGGAAGUAUCGCCAGCAGCCACCUGGUUCUCAGCUCUUUGGCCCUAUCUCAGGUCAGCAGUAAUCAUUUUGUGUCAAAAAAAAUGUCAAGAACUAAUCGGAUUGUAAUUGGUACGGAGGUACAUCAACGUGAUGCCUUAAACGGAACGCGAGAACGAAGCGGAUGUGGAUGCCAGCAUGAGGCUGCUGUAAGACCCGCUCACAGCGAGCAGAAUGACCUCAGGGGAAGAGAAAGACCACACAGUCACUCUGUAGCAGAGCCACAGGCAGAGGCUCCUUUGGUGGAUGACUGCGAGAGGCUAGGCACUCUUUUCGGGGAGCUCAAUAAGUGUUUGAGGGGCAUUGGUUUCACCCAGCUUUACUUCGGAGAGAAGAUCGUGGAGCCUGUGGUUGUGCUGGUGUUUUGGAUGCUGCUCUGGUUCCUGGGUAUCCAAGCCCUCGGUCUUGUGGGAACUCUAUGCAUUGUUAUCAUUUAUAUCCAGAAAUAACAGAUGUGAAGACGGACAGACACAUGAAGGUUCAUUUGCCACCCGCAGCCAGUGCCAGUGAAAGAGAGGAGAGACUCCUUUCUAUAAAAGAUGAGCUUCAUGAAUGUCAUUUGAAAGUUUUACCUGUUCCGUA